AUGGGCAGGCCUAUAUGUAUUGAGCCUAAUCACACACGAUUGAAGAGUGAAUACUUUAAGUUGGGUAAUAUACUUCUUGGGCUGGUGAUGGCUGCUAUGUGGAGUUGCGGGGCAAUGAUGCUGACCUUUCUCCAAGGCGUAGAAAUUAACAUUUGGACCUUCCACAUUAACCUUUUGCAUAAAAAUGGCCACACGGGAACACUAAAUGGUAACUCUGGUAGUAAAUUGCUUGGUAUUUUUUGUGGUCUUGGAAGCUGCUUCUGUUUUGCAUUAUGGCUUAUCAUUCAGCUUAAGAUGAGCAAAGAAUACCCAAGCCAUCUCUCGAGUACAGCUUUGAUGAACUUAAUGGGGGCAAUACAAUCUACUAUUUUUUCCCUUUGUGUUGAGAAGGAUUGGAGCCAAUGGAGGUUGGGUCGGAAUAUUAAGCUUCUCACUGCAGCAUUUUUGAUAUGUGAAUUGGUGGUGUUGUUACAGUGUAUUUUGGCCUCUGGAAUAAUGGUUAUUGUCAUUGCAUGGUGUAUAAAGAUGAGAGGCUCACUGUAUGCCUCUGUUUUCAACCCUUUUGUGCUUGUGCUUGUUGCCAUUGUUGGUUCCUUAAUGUUGGAUGAGAACCUAUACAUAGGAAGUGUAAUUGGAGCAAUGCUAAUUGUGAUUGAAUUGUACAUGGUGUUGUGGGGUAAGAUCAAAGAAGUAAAAAAGGUGGCUCACUCACAAAUCACUCUAGGAAUUGAAGAAAUUGAGGUUGUUGUCACGUUCCCGACUGUAGAUCAUGAUAAAAGUAAUCGCAGCAACAACAACCAUUCCUGUAUUGAGGGCAAUAUUGUUUGCAAGGAUCAUGAUAAUUCAUCAAAAAUUGAACAAACACACCGAGAAUAA